AUGGUUUCAGCGCAUCCGUCCUUUGCCCGCGGCCGUGGUGGGUUUGAAACUGGUGGUGGCUUUCGACAGAAUCGUCCUGGUUUCGGUGUAGAGCCAAUCACUACGGGCUGGACUCGCAAACAAGUCCCUCAACAGCCUCCGCAAAACCCCGAACCGAAACCUGCUGAAAAGCCCGCGAAACCCACCGAAAAACCCGCGAAACACACUGAAAAGCCCGCAAAGCCCGCGAAACAACAGCCAAAGCAAGAUGACGGUAUGUUCACCAUUCACGAUUGA